AUGAAAUUGCUUGCACUGCUCCUCUUCUGUAACACUGCGUCUUCAGUGAAAUACUCCCUGAAAUAUUUCCUCACUGCCACGUCUGGACUCCCAGACUUCCCGGAGUUUGUGGCUUCUGCUUCGGUUAAUGGAGUUCAGGUGGGUUACUGUGACAGCAACAUCAGGACAGCCGAACCCACACAGGACUGGAUGAAAAAACUAGUAAAAGACGACCCUCAGCACCUGGACUGGUAUUCUGAGAAGUGUUUCGGAAAUCAGCAGGUCUUCAGAGCCAAUAUUGAUAGCUUGAAGCAAUGCUUAAAUCAGACUAGAGGUCCUUACAUCUUACAGAGGAUGAAUGGCUGUGAAUGGGAUGAUGAGACAGAAGAAAUUAAAGGUUUUAAUCAGUACGGUUACAACGGUGAGGACUUCAUAGCACUGGACCUGAAAACACUAACAUGGAUUGCUCCCAAACCACAGGCUGUCAUUACAAAACUGAAAUGGGAUGCUGAAAAAGCUCGAUUAGAACACAACAAGAACUACUACAUCAACAGGUGCCCCGACUGGCUGAAGAAGUAUGUGAAAUAUGGGAGAAGCUUUCUGCAGAGAUCAGUUCUUCCCUCAGUUUCUCUCCUCCAGAGGAGUCCUUCAUCUGUAGUCAGCUGCCACGCUACAGGUUUCUAUCCUAACAGAGCUGAGAUGAUCUGGAGGAAAGAUGAAGAGGAGUUUCAUGAUGGUGUGGACAAAGGACAGAUCCUCCCCAACCAUGACGGGAGCUUCCAGAUGAGUGUUCAGCUGAAUGUUUCAUCAAUCAAGCCAGACGAUUGGAGCAGGUACGACUGUGUGUUUCAGCUCGCCGGUGCAGAGACAGACAUCAUAACCAAACUGGACAAAAAAGUGAUCCACACCAACAGUGAGUUUCCUGUGGGUCCUGUUGUUGGUGCUGCUGUUGGAGUUUUACUCCUCCUGGCAGUCUUUGGAUUCUUUAUCUGGAGAAGAAACAGUCAUGGGUUCCAGCUUGCUGACAGUGAGGAAACAACAAAUUGA